CUUCCCAGCUGCUGACUAUCACUUCCGGGAGGAGCAAGAUGGCGCCGCCCAGAAACCGGAAGUGGUCAUGGUGCAGCGCUGAGUGAGCCAUUAUUCGGCUGUGAAAUUGAGAGGAGUUGGACUGAAUUAUGGCUUCCCGAGCGGGUCCUCGAGCCAGCGGCACAGAUGGAAGUGACUUCCAGCAUCGAGAGAGGGUGGCUAAUCAUUACCAGAUGAGCGUGUCUCUGAAGAAUGAAAUCAAGAAGCUGACCUACGCCCACAUCCUCAUCUGGGUCCUGCUAGCCGCUCAGAUCGCUGUGGCCCACCUGAAGCUGGUGCCGCACAGUUUGGUGGCCAUGCCGUACCAGUGGGAGUACCCGUACAUGCUCAGCAUCAUCCCAUCUCUAUUGGGCUUGUUCUCCUUUCCACGUAACAACAUCAGCUACCUGGUCAUCUCCAUGAUCAGCGCCGGGCUCUUCUCCAUCGCACCCCUCAUCUACGGCAGCAUGGAGAUGUUCCCCAUGGCCCAGCAGCUCUACCGACACGGCAAGGCCUACCGAUUCAUCUUCGGCUUCUCCGCCGUGUCUGUCUUAUACUUGGUGAUGGUGGCGACUGUGCAGGUUCACGGCUGGCAGAUUUAUUACAGCAAGAAGUUGCUGGACUCUUGGUUCACCAGCACUCAGCAGCAGGAGAAGAAGAAGAAAUAGCCAAUGAGGGUCUGCGGGAUUGAACAGUAGGGAGAGACCUGACUCUGCUGAGAUGCAUGAUGUCACUAGAACAUGACUGGUCCAAGCUAAAGGGGGGGGGACAUGCUACAAGGAGGCCUAGUAAAAAAUGACAUUCACGUCUGCCAAGCCUGCACAUAGCGGACACUCACAUCCAUGAAGGGAAUCAUCUGUGUUCGUGCCACCAUCUGUCUGUGAGCUUUCUGUGUCCUUUUAAAAGAAUGUACAUGAUGAAAUAAAAUAUCUUCUUGUAUGAAA